UGUCUUGGUGAUGGAAUCUGAGUAGCAAUUGAUUGCAGUUGCUGUCCACAGCCGUGCACAUCAGCUACGACCUGCGAGACAAGUUUGUUGCAGAAGAAGCAUCGCCAAGCGUCUGAAUUGAUAUAAUUUGACAGGCUGAGGUCGAUGGCACCGGCUGAAUUGUUCUCCUUUUUUGGUACCAAUAAUAAUACAGCACCGCGGCUGUUGUUGGUGGCUCAUGUCUCUGCUCGGUCGCAAAAUAUCGCUCGCAUGGAUCUAUCUAGGCUCAUCGCCGUGGCCGUGCUCCUCGGCGCCUUGCGCCCGCUCCUGAGCCACUGCGCCGGCGACGUCGAGGGCCUACACCCGCUCGUGCUGGUGCCAGGGUACGGGUCCAACCUGCUCGAGGCGCGGCUGACGGCGGCGUACGAGCCGCCGGCGCCCGGCUGCGGUAAGGGGAAUGGGUGGUUCCGGCUGUGGCCGAUCAACCAGACGGCGAUGCAGGACCCCCGCCAGGUCCCGUGCUUCGUGGACCAGAUGAGCCUCGUCUACGACGCCGUCGCCGACGACUACGGCAACGUCGCCGGCGUCGUGACCCGGGUCCCGCUCUUCGGCUCCACGCGCGGCUUAAUUGGGUGGGACCCCCUGCUGCGGGAGCUGGAGGCCGCGGGCUACCGCGACGGCGAGAGCCUCUUCGCCGUGCCGUACGACUUCCGCUACUCCGUCGCGCCGCGCGGCCACCCGUCCGCGGAGGGCGCCUGCAACUUCGACGAGUUCACGCGGCUCGUCGAAAGGGCGAGCUCGCUCAGCCAGGGACGGCCGGUCGUCGUCGCCGCGCACAGCUUCGGCUGCGCGCUCACCUACCAGUUCCUCCUCGGCCGCCCGCUCGCCUGGCGCCGGCGCUUCGUGAAGCGCGUCGUCCUCGUCGCCUCCGCGCUCGGCGGCUUCUCGGAGGGGAUGAACGACCUGGCCGCCGGCACGGACUACGGCCUGCCGAACGUCGCGCGGCCGGCGAGGGUCCGGCUGGCGCGGAGCCAGCAGAGCGCGCUCUGGCGCCUGCCCACGCCGGCGGUGUUCGGGGACCGGCCGCUGGUGGUGACCAAGAACGCGACGUACACGGCACACAACAUUGCGGAGUUCUUCGAGGCCGUCGGCUUCCCGGAAGGGGUCCGGCCGUACGUGACGCUGGUGCUGCCAGCAUGGGAGGCGCUGCCGGCGCCGAUGGUGCCGGUGACCAGCAUCAUCGGGGUCGGCGUCAGCACGCCGGAGACGUUCGUGUACGGGGAAGACGGGUUCGCGGGGACCCCGGAGGUGGUGUACGGCGACGGCGAUGGCGACAUAAACAUGGUGAGUCUGGUGGCCAUCGAGAAGGAGUGGUCUGGGGUGGAAGGCCAGGUUCUGACGGUGGUCAGGUUGCCCGGCGUUCGUCACGAUGGCUUCUUCAGCGUUGGUUUCGCUCUGGAAAAAGUGGUUGCUGAAAUACUGGAGGCUGCUGGAACUAUAGAACUCCAUCCGAAGAUUGGCCGAGUGCAGAUCGAUGCAGGUCCCGUCUGGAAGGAAGAUAGAUGUAGAGUGCACGAAGGCCUUUAUAAUGCUUCGAGUAAUGCGUUUUUGGAGGUGCUCUGAGUUUGAGUAAUGUUAAUAGUGAUGAAAAGUAAGAGAUUUUGAAAA